UUCUAUUUCUUUUCGUUCUUCUCCCAGCUCUCAGCUCUCAGCUUUCUAUUUCUUUUCUUUCUUCUCUUCUCAAGCUCUCAGCUCUCACAGAUAGCGCUCAAACUCUCAUCCUCCACAAAGGCUUUAGCUUCACCGAUUCCCAUCAUCCUCAUCCACAAACUCUCACCGAUUCAUCAACCUCCUCACCGCCGCCACCGAAGCUCACGCAUCAUCGCCGACCCGAUUCAUCAUUCUCCUCACCCACUUCGAAGCCCAGCUCAUCUCUGCCGAAGCCGCCGCUGCCUUCCUCAGCCCAUUGCUUUGGUUUUCCGCCGAUCUCAGUUUGCUUGGAAGUAUAUAUUGCUGUUUCUAAUUUUAUGGUCUCACAAUGAGACCUAACAUAUUACACGGGUAUCAUGAACGGGGAUAUAGAUAUUGACUCACAACUUUUGGGAACCUCUCAAAAUACUUCUAUGUUAUGCUCUAAGCCAUAACAUAAUAAACAGUUUCUUUCCUCUGCUGCUUCAACUUGCAGAACCAAUGUUCACCACCAUGAACUUUCGCUCUCUCCUCGUACUAUCAGCCAUUUUCAGAGUAUUCUUAAUCAUAUAUGGUGAAUGGCAAGACACCCACAUGGAAGUCAGGUACACUGACAUUGAUUACCUUGUUUUCUCCGAUGCUGCUUCUCUAAUGGCCUCUGGCAAAUCCCCUUAUCUUAGAUCCACAUACAGAUACUCACCUUUACUAGCUUUUUUGCUCAUACCCAAUUCGAUUUUCCAUCGAUCUUGGGGCAAGUUUCUCUUCUCAGCUUCAGAUUUGCUUGUGGGGUGUUUUAUAAGGAGUAUUUUGAAGCUACGUGGGGUCCCAGAAAAAUUUUGUGUUAGUUCUGUAAUGGUCUGGCUGUUCAAUCCAUUUACUUUUACAAUUGGGACUCGUGGGAAUUGUGAGCCUGUUGUUUGUGCUAUGGUUCUUUGGGUCCUCUUAUGCCUCAUGAAUGGUCGUGUGUUGCAAGCUGCAUUUUGGUUUGGGCUUCUUGUCCACUUUAGAAUCUACCCUGUAAUCUAUGUUCUUUCUAUUCUUCUGAUUCUUGAUCCAUACGUCUUCCGAUAUGGUCGGAAGCCUGCUCUUCAAAAUUGGGGGCGCACUGAACAAGAAUCUCCUCGAAGCAAUUGUAUUACAAGACUGGCUGCUCUGUUCCAUCCAUGGUCUACUUUGAGAACGGCAUUAACAAAAGAGAGAAUACUUUUUGGUUUUGUUUCUGGGGCUGUUUUCUUAUUUUGUACUGCCCUUUUCUUUUGCCUUUAUGGGUGGGACUUCUUGCAUGAGGCACUGCUAUAUCAUCUUACCCGUACGGAUCCAAGGCACAACUUCUCCAUUUAUUUUUAUCAUAUAUACCUUCAGCUGGAGAAUGAAAUCUUGGUGGUGGAGAAGCUCAUUUCGUUUUUGCCUCAAUUUGUAGUGCAGUUCAUUCUUGUUCUGAGUUUUGCACAAGACCUCCUGUUUUGCUGGUUUUUGCAGACGGUUGCAUUUGUGGCAUUCAACAAGGUAAUCACUGCACAAUAUUUUGUGUGGUUUUUCUGUCUUUUGCCUCUAAUACUUCCAUGGAGCCAAAUGAAGUUAAGAUGGAAAGGUCUUUCCUGCAUAUUAGUGUGGAUGGGUGCUCAACUUCAUUGGUUGAUGUGGGGUUAUAUGCUCGAAUUCAGGGGAAAGAAUGUCUUCCUUCAACUGUGGAUGGCAAGCAUUUUUUUCUUAGCUGCAAACACCUAUGUUCUUACAGCAGUCAUCCAGCAUCAUCGAUGCUCUCCGGUUUUCAUUGGGUUAGAAAGCACUUCGAAGGGUGCAAGGAAAUUACAAUGAUGGAACAAGUAACUUUAUUGAUUGCUCUUCAUGUUGUCUAUCAUACUUUUUCUCCAACUCUGUAUUGGAAAAUUAGAUGGUGCAGCUGUUUCUUUUUUCCAGUUUUAGAAUAUCAGUAUGUAACCUUUCUAUAAUGUAAGAAUACAUUUCGUUCGUUUAUCGCCCAUUACAUGCAUCUAACUGAGAAUUUCCUCUCUUUAA